AUGGAAGAAGAAACCCUAAACCCUCAAUCAAAGACUCUUACUUCUGAAGAUGACAAGAAUGGAGACCAACCCAUGGCUGACCUCCCUGACCAAGACCCUAGCUCCUCUGAUUCCGACUCUGAUUCUGGCUCAGAGGACGGAGACCAAGCCCAGAAAAACCUGCAGCUCCAAACCCUAGAAGCCGAGCUCUCCACCAACCCUGGCAACUACGAUGCUCAUGUCCAAUACAUAAAGAUUCUAAGACAGAUAGCUGACAUUGAAAAGCUGAGGCAAGCAAGGGAAGCUAUGAAUGAGCUGUUUCCGUUAACCCCUUCUAUGUGGCAGGAUUGGGCUAAGGACGAAGCUUCUCUGUCCACUGGGUCUGAUGCUUUUCCUGCUAUUGAAAAGCUUUAUGAACGAGGAGUCUUUGAGUAUCUGUCCAUCUCUCUUUGGCGUGACUACUUAGAUUUUGUUCAAGAAAAUGAUCCCUCAGUAAGAGAAUGUUCACCUGCUGGUAUUUUGAAGGCAAGAGAUCUAUUUGAACGCGCUCUUACUGCAGCUGGUUUGCAUGUUUCUGAAGGCAGUAAACUAUGGGAAGCCUACAGGAAAUUUGAGCAAGCUAUAUUUGAUGCUACUGAUGAGACUGAUAAUCAGGCAAGAGACAAGCAGAUUCAGCGCAUCCGUACUAUAUUCCACCGUCAGUUGUCAGUUCCCCAUGUUAAUAUGAGGUCAACACUUUUGGAUUACAAGGCAUGGGAGGUGGACCAAGGGAACAUUCUUAAUGCUGGCUCAAGUGACCUGGAUGGGAUUUCAUCCCAUGUUGCCUCAGCAUACAAAAAGGCGUUGGAAAUGUAUAAUGCUCGUGUUCAUCUUGAAGAACAGAUUUGUAGGCAGGAUAUGUCUGACUCAGAAAAACUUCAAAAUUUCAUGAACUACUUGAAAUUUGAACAGUCUUCUGGAGAUCCAGCCCGGGUUCAGAUGUUGUAUGAACGCGCUAUUACUGAAUUUCCUAUAUCCAGCUAUCUCUGGCUUGAUUAUACUUGCUAUUUGGAUAAAACAUUAAAGGUUGGAAGUAUUAUAACCAAUGUGUAUUCCAGGGCUGUGAAGAAUUGCCCCUGUGUUGGAGAGCUUUGGGUCCGAUAUUUGCUUUCCUUGGAGCGUGGGCAUGCUUCUGAGAAAGAGAUUGCUGCUGUGUUUGAGAAGUCCCUGCAAUGCAUUCUAACCCUCGAUGAGUUCCUGGAUUUGUACCUCACCCGCAUAGAUGGCUUAAGAAGAAGGAUCUCAUGCCCUGUUGAAGGAGAGAGCGUCUUGGAUUAUUCAUUAAUAAGGGAAACCUUUCAGAAUGCAUCAGAAUACUUUUCACAAUACCUGAAGAACACGGAUGGUUUGUUACGUUUGCAUGCUUAUUGGGCCCGUCUAGAGCUAAAUCUGCAUAAGGACUUACAGGCAGCUCGUGGAGUGUGGGAAAGUUUACUUAAGAUAUGGUCUGGCCAUUCUGCCAUUCCUAAAUCUGGAUUGUUACCUUGGCAUGAUUCCUGGCAAGGUUAUAUAACAAUGGAAGCUGAAUUGGGCCAUGUGAGUGAAGCCCGGUCUCUAUAUAGGAGAUGCUACAGUAAAAGAUUUCCAGGAACUGGUUCAGGAAGAAUAAUUCAGGACAUCUGCUACUCAUGGUUACGAUUUGAGAGGGAGUUUGGUUCGUUGGAUGAUUUUGACCGUGCAGUACAGAAGGUCACUCCUCGCCUGGAAGAGCUUCAAUUAUUUAGGUCACAGCAAGAGUCCAAAUUGACAGAAGAGGGGGAGAAUUCUUCCAAGAAGAAUGUUCGUGACAAGAGAAAGCAAGUUUCAGAGAUACCUGAUGAACAUUAUCCAGCAAAGAGGCAGAAAGAUGCAUCUCAAAAGCCAAAGAAAGCACAUGGGAAGGAUUCUGAUGUUCUGAACCCAGGUGAACGAACAGUGGAAAAGAUCAAACCCAAGGGUGACAAACCGGACAUACAAAAUGAGCAACAGAUGAAAGAGCGUGUUCCAGAGAAAACAAAAGUAUAUGCUGACCAGUGCACUGCAUUUGUAUCAAAUAUUAACCUUAAGGCAAAUGAUGAACAUCUGCGUCAAUUCUUCAGUGAUGUUGGGGGAGUGGUUGCUAUUAGAUUACUGCAUGACAAGUUCAGUGGAAAGUCAAGGGGACUGGCAUACGUGGAUUUCUCAGAUGAUGCACACCUCGUUGCAGCUGUAGCAAAAAAUAAGCAGAUGCUUCUUGGGAAGAAGCUGAGCAUUGCACGAUCAGAUCCAAAGCAUGGGAAAAAAGAACAUGCCAGGGGAUCUGAGUCUAGAGAAUCUGCUGAGACCUCCAAUGGACCUAGGGCACAUCAGGCACUGCAGUCUAGUCAUAACCGCGGAAGCGACAAUGUGCAACUGAGGGGUAGGAACACAUUUGCAAUUCCCAGGAAUGUCCUUGCACUUGGUCAGACUGCAAAUAAACCAAAAACUGAAGAACAAGGUGAAGAAAAACCAAAAUCCAAUGAUGAGUUCAGAAAUAUGUUCCUCAAAGGCUAG